AGUUCAAGUAACCGGGCAUGUAAAAAUACACGAUCGGGUCACUUGUUGCACUGUUUGUAACCGUAACAGAUCAGUUGCUCCCUUUUGGAUAUUGUACACCAACAUGAUAUUUUCAAGGUAUUUUUGCAACAUUUUCAUCCUAUUUUAUAUAUGUGGUAAGGUGGACGACAUCGACUUAUUCUUCAAAUAAAAUUAAUAGUUAAAAUUAUGCAUCUUGUCGGUUUAACCCACCCCACCCCUUUUCCUCCCAUCUCAUCAGAACUAUCCAUUGUUUAGUUAAGGUGGAGUCUACUUUAAAAGUAGUCUCGAUGCUUCUUAAAAACCAAAAUCAUUCUUAGAUUUACCCAAAUAUUAAUAAUCAUUGGUAUUACUAUUUAAUACUAAUAGACUAAUCUGAAUCAAAUCCCUAUCUGCUAGCCUGCCCACUGACAAGAAGACUACUAAGACUCUUACUCUUAGUAGUAAGAAAGAGUCAAGAGUUUAAGUUUACUUAAUGAACCAAUCAAAAAGCGGCCAUAAAGCGUAAUCAAUUAUUGAGUUAGCCUCAUUGGAAUAGGCUAAAUUUAAAGAUAUGACCAUGACUCAUGACAAUGUUUAGAACUACUAGUACUAGUUCUAAUUAUAGCCCUAUUCAAUACCUAUAAUCUAUAGUCUAUAGGUAUAGGUGUGGCACCUGUCUUUGGUUCCAUGGUCCAUACACUUAAGUCAUACUAUAAAUAGUACAGAAUAGUAGUAUACAAAAAAUGACAUUCAGUUCAGCAUAACCUUUCUACUACUCUACUGUAACAUUCAUUACAUUCAUUACAAUUACAUUUAAAAAAUUGAGUUUGCCUGCAACUGCAAUAUUAUAACACAUAUUAGAUUAGAUAUUUUAAAGACAUAUAGUUAUUAUGUGAUGAUGAUGACAAUGAAAAUGAUAGUUUUCAAACCUAUAUUAACCCUGUCCAAAAAUUAAAUAUUAAAUAUCUUGUUUGUUUAAAUAUAGAUAUGCCCAAAAUGACAACACCCAAUACAUAGACUACAAAACAGUGCUAAAUGGACAAAGAAAUAAUCAUUAAUACCAUUAACUUAACCCUCUUGAUUAAAUCAGUGAUUAAAAAAAUUAAAUUAGUUAUAGGCCUACAUUUGGAUGGACAUAAGGCAUAAUGUUAUUACAUUACAUUAAUAUGAUUACAUUAAUACAGUAAUAGCCCUCCAAAGAUUUUAAAUAAAUGUUUUUUUUAAGGCAUUCAAUUAGAUUUAAAUUAUUUUGACGAAAGAACUAAUCUUCAAUUUAUAAAUGUAACAAAAAAAUAAAGAAAUUAAAUAGUGUAAAUUUUAAAUGAUUAAUUGUGUUAAAUAAGUGUUAAAAGUAUGUUUUAUUGAUUUAUUGAACUAAUUUUUUGGUUUCAUUAUUGAAUGCUAAAAAUUCUUAUAAAGCCUUUUGUUAAAAUAACAUAAUUGUGCAUUCUAAGCGCACCAACACUGCCAUCACUCCCAUAGAUAACUAAUUAUAUUUUAUUUGAUAGUUUUUUUUUACCAUUUAACAAGAUAAUGAUGAAAGAACUUGUCCGUAAGAACAAUGAGAAUCAUAUAUACAUUUUCAUUAGAUUAUUUUACAAUAAUUUACAUGCAGCAAUAUAUAAGGUUCCUUUAAAAAAAAAAUAAACCCUCUAAUCCCACAAAAUGAAGAUUUACACCAGUAGAAUCCUUUCAUUACAUAUUAAAGACAAAAUAGAAUAAUACUCACAACGGGGGAAUGGAGGGGUCAAUUCAGAUUUUGGGCUGCUAGGGGCAAGAGGUGUAGCUUGGGGGGGGGGAGGAGUGCAGAGGGGGACAGUUGUGCCCUGGUGUAAGACUAGUGGGGCGCCAAGAUGUGCCUUAAUGGUAUUUAAUGAAUACAAAUAAUGGGUUUCAGAGUUUUUUUGGGGGGGGGGAAAUUUUGAAUCUUUGUACCCUGGCGCCAACAAGGAGUGCAGAGGGGGACAGUUGUGCCCUGGUGUAAGACUAGUGGGGCGCCAAGAUGUGCCUUAAUGGUAUUUAAUGAAUACAAAUAAUGGGUUUCAGAGUUUUUUUGGGGGGGGGGGGAAAUUAUGAAUCUUUGUACCCUGGCGCCAAACACUCCAGCUAUGCCUCUGCCAUUUACGUAGAAAGUGGGCAGAUGGGGUUGUUCGCCCAGGUGUCACUUUUUCUUUAUAUGGAGGGCUAUGGUAAUCAUUUGGCACAAGCUUAAAUCCAACCCUGUACUGUCGCAUAGAUCGGCAUGAGGGAAUGGGGCAGCAGAAAUUAAGGUUGCCAAAGAUUCUCUAGCAAAAACAGGAGCUCUUUAAGUACAUUAGGAAAUGGCAUCAGCGAACCGCUGAGCUUUACAAGCUCUUAAUGCCCUCCCCAAAGCACCCCCGUUAGCCCAAAAAGUCCCUAACUAUCAGGCAGCAAAGCGGAUUGUUUGAGAUCUCCUCAUGCUAGGACAACCCUUGCCCAUAACUUCACUCAAGUAACUAGCUUUAUGGGGGAAAUGUCAGCCUAAGGGCAUGCGGUUGGGGAUGUUGCUCUCACAACAUCAGCAGUCAACUUGCCCAGGGAUCAGCAUGGUGCAUUUACAUCUAUCUCCCCCCGCCCAACCUGGGGAAGCAUCGAAUGCCCUCUAAUAGGAUUUUCUACAGUGGCUUCUACUUCGUAAAUAGUUCAUGAAUUAGCUGGGAUAAAUCGGUUGCCUAGGAACAGCCUCCUCCGUGGCUGUGUAAAUAGAAUCACUAGCAUGAGGCUGCCAAUACCCAUCUGAUGCUUCAUAUCCAUCAUCAGCAACAUAGUAAUCAAGAUCCCCAACCUGUUUCUACCAUUAUUUCAACUGCAAAUAUGACUACAGCUCCAAUUUCAGCAGAUAACAUGCAUGCCCAUAUGUCUGCCCAUGCGGACUCAGACAUUGGUGGUUAUGUUCCCAGGUUGCGCUAUGGGGUCAUUGGCUGCGCCUCUUUCUCAACAUGCCACUACAGACAUGUUGACCAAAACCCUGGAAAUGGGGUGGGGGGAGGGCUGGAGAAGAGUCCCCUUAUAAAAAUUUUAUAAGGGGUCCUCUUAUAACAUACAUUUUUUUAUUAAUUCAAAAUGAAGGGAUGCCUUUUGCUGCAUAUUUGAAUUCGGUAUUUCUUUCAGGCAAUUUGGUUGGGUCUUUUCAGACUUUCGGGUGGUAAGCGCCAAACGUAGCCAUGAUCAGGAACAUCUCUAACUCCGCCUCCAAUAACUAACAUUAGUCAUUCUUCUUCUUUAUAACUACAGCAUGUCUUAAUUGAAUGUGUUGACACUUUCUGAAGCUAAAAGUGUGAUCUUCUUUGUUGCAUAAGUAUAUGUUUAGAGUCAAAAUCAGUGAUAAUUUUAGGCUAUAUUUUAUUAUAUUCAUUUUCUAUUUAUUAUUUUACUCCAGCUGGAAACUUCAGAUUAAAAUCAUAUAUUCGCAUAGGCGAUAGACUUUUUAAAACGCAACCUCUAUCAUCAUGACAUUUUUGUCCAUGUAUGCUGAAAAAUGAGGAUAAAUGUUGAAAGUAAACUGAACUCAAUAACUUUGUUGAGACUGACAUGGCAAUAUAUUACAUCGUUAAUUUAAAUACAGAAAUCUGUAUUACUACAAAGCGGAUUGUUUGAGAUCUCCUCAUGCUAGGACAACCCCUGGCCAUAACCUUUGCAUAAUUUACAGCAGAUUUAUAUCAUAAUUAUAUCUAAAUUGCUAGCAAAUUCAUCAUCUGAUUCCAUUUUUUACAAAUUGCUAAUGACCAGUGUAAAAAAAAAUUAAAAUUUUGAAAAAAAUCUGACUUAAAUCAAGCUAUUUUCAAAUAAAAAUGCUAUCCAUUUUUUUAUGAAUGAUGUAAACAUGCUAAAAAUGGGAGUGCAGCGAACAGGAGAUAAUUCAUUUUACAUUCAUGCAUUUAAAAAACAUCUAGAUUGUAGAUAAAAAUUAAUAAAAAAUUAUGACUUAUACAAUUUUUUAAAUAUUUUUUUUGAUGUUGAGUUUUUCAUGCUGUUGUACAGUUCAAAAAAAACAAACUUUUUGUGCAGUUCUCUGUUCCCGCAGGUUGACAAGCAUACCUCACACUAAUACUCUUAUCCACAGUCUCAGUGAUAUUUCCAAUGAUUUUAAGACUUUUUAGCCUUCUGAAAUAUAUGCUUUUGUACAAAAAGAAUAUAAAGUUAUAAAAUAAGAUUGUUGUAAGACCUUCUUUAGUCUAAAAGUUUUACUUUUUAAAUGUCUGAUUUUAUUACUUUUAUUAUAUUUUUAAAAAAAAAUCUUUUUAAAGUAAACGUUUUUUUGACCAUAUUUUUGUUAUUUACAUGUAAGCAAUGUAGAUGCACUGCUAAUGACAUUCAUAAAAAAGGAUGAACAAAUUUAAAUCUUUCUCCUGAAAUUGAGUAGUUAUCCAGCUCAUAAGAUAUUUAAAUUAAUGCUUUUUUAACUGUAAGCUGUUAUUAUGAUCACUGCCAAAUCUUUUGUUACAAUAUUGGUAACUGUUGAAACCAUUUGCAUAUAAUCCAUGAAGUAGUGCCUUUGUAGCAUUGAUAUUCAGUUGUCUGAUAUUUUAAAAUCUUCAAUAUUAUGCCUGUUUUUUUUUUCUUACUGUCCAUUGAAUGAUUAUUUAACAAAGUUUAUCAUGGUGAUCCACUCCACAUUUUAUUCUUGGUUGGGAUAAAAUAUUGAAUUAAUUUAGUAUUAAAUAUUAGAUUUUGAAGAUUUAUCUGUAAAAUAUAUUAAAUAGGAAAAGUUUUAUUAUCUAUAUUUUUGUAUUCAUUUAACUAACUGAUGAUUUCCCUUUCAUCCAGUUAUUUCCCCUUUCAUGUGCUCAUUGUAUUUUCAGCUGUUGAUUGUUGAUUUGCUUUUUAGAUUUUGUGGUAACAUCUGGUGGCUAAUUAUUAAAUCAAAUUGUGCAAAUACAAAAAAAUAGGUAGUGCCGAAAGCCUUUAACUGACACUCUCUUAACUCUCUCUCCCCCCCCCCCUCGGAUCGUCCAUAAAAUACUAUGCCUACAUCUGGUGGCUAAUUAUUAAAUCAAAUUGUGCAAAUACAAAAAAAUAGGUAGUGCCGAAAGCCUUUAACUGACCCUCUCUUAACUCUCUCUCCCCCCCCCCCCCUGGGAUAGUACAUAAAAUACUAUGCCUUCAUUAGUUGAAAUGAUUAUCUGUGGUCUGAAACACAUGGUGUGAUUCAGUUACUGAGCUAGUUUGUUACAAGCCUUAGUGAUAACUGUUAGGAUGUGUAUGACAAGAUACUUUUGUGUAUGAGAGGUUGAUGACUGGCUACUAGACAGAUCUAGGAUAUUCCAAUUUAGGAACCCUUCACUCCUCAAAGUAAGAAUGUAUUUCCUCUGUUUAGUAUAUUUAAAAAUCAAGAGGGAGGAUUAUAUUAUUCCUUACAAAUUAAAGGAUUUAUUCUUUAACUUAGAAGCAAUAAUUUUAACUGCUGUGACUGUAAUUUAUCUUAGCCACAGCAUAAAUGUACCCAAAUUGGGAUGAAGUUUGGAAAUAAUUUUUUUUUUUCAUUCAUAUUAAUAAUGAUACUGGUAGACUUGAAAUGCCCUUUUUUUAAAAAAGCACAGCAAAUCUUGGAUGUAAGGGAGAACCAGUGAUAACAUUGCUUUGAAUACUAAUAUCCAAAUGGAUCAGUUCCAAUAGCAUGGUUAUAUUCAUUAAUUGAUGCAUUACUGAAGUAAAUCGGAGGGUCUAGAGUUACAUUGACAUUUCUCUUGUAUAAAUGAAUUUUUCAAGUUUUACUUAACUAAACAAAAUAAAUGUUUUGUUUAGCUGACUGUAGGAAAUAACAUUACAGCAACAAACUGAAUUAAAGCAUUUAGAGCCAAUUUACAUUGUUAUCAGUUUUCUAAAUAUAGAUGGACUCUGGACAUGGACCUCUGUUGGCCUCGAUAGAUGGGUCAAAAGUGUAAUUUCGACUCCGUGAUUAUUGAUAUUCAUGCUCCAUGCUGUGGCUCACUGGCGAAGAGAGGAACCUGAUAUGACAAUGUGGUGUAUUGAUUGGGAGCCUCUAUCACAGUCCCUGGGGGAAAAUUUCACAGGCUGUUGGCUAAGAGCUGUUGAGUGGUUGUGCAUAGUGAAGUGCCUGAUGCUAGGUGUGCUAGAAAUGUUGUUAACAUUUUCUCAUUAAACAUGUGUUACAAAGUUUUAAGUUUAAACAAUCCACGUACAAUGCUAUUGUGGUGAUAUUACCUUUUUUUUAAAUUUCAUGUGAUAGUGUUAAAUACACGUUAUAGAUUAGUUAGUAAUAUUUUUGAAGCAUACAUUUUUCUUGUCAGUGAAUGUGGACUGAUUUUAAAUGUUCUAAUUAAAGUUAAGUCUGUAUUGGAUCAGGACUAUCGGUCACAGUUUCGCUUUAGCUUGUUUGUGAUUCUUAUUUCAGAUAGUGUAUUUCUUGCAAAUAAACGCUAUGGAGUACUUAGAUGAUGUCAUGACUGCUCAUUUUUAUAGCCAGUUUAGAAUGUUGAGCCCUCUUCUUUUUAUUUUCCUCUUUCACAGCAGUAUGCUCCAUAAAUUCUUAUUCAUUAACAUUUUAAAAAAAAAAAUUAUUGGUAAGUAUAUAAUUUUAUUGUUGGGUGAAGAAUAUUCCCAGCCAAAAACUUACAAUAUUUGUCGUGUUAAAAAAAGACAAAACAUUCACCCAACUUAGCUACACUUUGUACCUCUUAAAUUAUGGGCCUUCAACCCUGUAAGAUUAUUCCCCCUGAAAAUACAUCUGUUAUCUGUGUGUACUAUGACAUUAUCGCAGAAUUUUGAUAAAAGGUUGUUGACCUAUUAUCUAUGCUAUGUAUCCAGUGGCUUCAAAAAAUUACUUUUUUGUGUGUUUUUUUUUGGUUAAAGCAUUUCUAUCUUUUGCAUUUGCUUUGAACAGUCGGCUGUUGUGUCCCCUGAUACUCCCUUUUGACAGAUUAAAAUGUAACUGGCCGAUUCACCCCUUCCGUAAUCUGAGAAAUCAUAUGUCUAUAUGUGCACAAUGUACAAAAAUAGUGUGAAAGCAAUUUCAUAUUAUAUUGAAAACGUACUUUUAGUCCAAAAGUUGGGAUAUUUAGUGUCUAUACUGUAAAAAUAUUUUUGUACAAAAGGUUUUUGGUUACACUAUUCUAACAUUAUAGAGAGACAAAUAUGUGGAGAAAGCUGCUUCAGCCUCCAAACAACUACUCUGCAAUUCACAAAUUUAUUACUAAGGCCUUGGGAGCCUUAAAAUUAAACGCUUUCAUUAUACAUAGGCUGUAAGUUGACACAGAGUGAGAAGCAUAAGUAUGCUGAGCAUUUAGUUACUGUAACAAAGACUAUGCGAGCGGAUGAAUUAUUUAAGAAUUUCAAAAAGCUUAAAUGAGCCUCAGCAAAUUAUGGAUGAAGUCAUUAGAAACCAGGCAUAAUGCCACAGCUGUGGAUCAGUUUUGCUGGUUCUUUUGUUGUCGGUCCAUAACAGAUGCUAAACGUUAGUGUCAGGUCCAUCCCUUCACUGAAGCAAAUAUCUCAUGAGAUGUUAAUGGAGAUUUUGAGCCGAGGUAUAUGUUAAACUUGGGAAUACUAGCCACCUCAGUGUCAUGAAUCAAUAGUCUUCUCUGUCAUCGCUUCACAUGACUUCUGGAUGGAUCUUUAGGCGUGGUGUGAAUUCUGGUAGACAUAGGUUCGAUUAAUUUUUAAACACGGAUAAAGAAAUAUGCUCGACCACUCCUGCCAUCUCUUUCUGACAGGCUAAAAAAAUAUUUGAUGCAAUAAUUUAUCAACCUUUUUUUUUAUUUUUGCAUAGAUGUACACUUUGAAAUGCACCCAAAAAAAAAAUUUGCAGAUAAAUAAUUGCAGAUAAUCGAAGUACACCUGGCUACUGUCACUUUAUUGUGACCCCUGUAUUUAUUUUAUUGAGUCUGAAAAACUAGACAAAACCAGACGUGAUUGAUGCAGAGCGGGUUGUUCAGCAACCAACUUACUCAAGCUCUUGCAUCUGGCACCAUUAUAUCAAAAUAAGAAAUCGGAACAUAAGAUUCACGCACGUGCACACACACACAAAUGUUAAUUUGCAAGGGACCUUCAUUAAUUUUCAAUUAAAUGACCAUGUGAAAUUUUUUAUUUCUCUAAAGGAUAAGCUACAAGAUAAGCUCUCCAUCAAGUUAAGCCGUCGCUGCUGCAGUUCCCCUCAUGUCGCCUGUGCUCGCUGCUCUGUUCGCCAUACUGCUCUACCUGGUUGUUAGGCUGCUCCACCUCACUGCUCCCGUCUCUGCCCCUUUGAUUUAUGCCAAAGAUAGAUCUUCGCAGUUUGUCCAGUCUGUCCUGACACUGUGCCCAAUACUACACCAGCCGUAAGUGUGGCAAGAGGCUAUUAAUACAUGUGUAUUAUGAUUUGUGUUGUGGCAGUUGAGCUUACUUAAAAAUAAUCUGGGCUUUUCCAGUUUUACCUUACUGUCUGAAUUAAGAUCUAUUUCUACAUUACAGAUGUACCAUACUGUCAGGUUUGAUUUAAGUUAGUUUAAAUUUCAAAGAAUCAAAAGAGAGUUAUGUCUUCUAUCAAAUGGUACAAUAAAUUAAAAUCAUGAACUACAGAUUUUUUUAAAAGUUUUUAAAAAAUUAAUAAUUAAUGCUUAUUCACUAGUAAUGCUACAUUAGCAUUGUACUGAUAUGGUAUUUCACAAAAAAAAAAAUUGUAUUACCAUACUAUUGUUUUGUCUCAAUAAUGUUCAUAUAUCUUCAGUUACGUGCCGCCAUUUCUAUGGGGCAAAAGUGGACACAUACAGACCAUCCUUUAUGCCAAAAUGGGACGCGUCAACAUGCCAGUGCCCAAUGGAGUCCGCCAUUCCAAGAUAAUGAGUGAUGGUGCCACGCUGACCUUCGACCUCCACGAGCCUUUGGUCCCACACAAAACUGGGGGUGAGCCGUAGAGACGUUGUGUUAUUUGUUCAAAGCCUGUAUCGAAAUCAAGUUUGUCCAACUGUCUACUCUCUGUUCAGUUUUUGAGUCUCACCCACUUUCUCUGUAAGUUAGAAUCAUCCAUGAGUCUCAAUACAUGGAUCUGAUCGGGGCGUUUUUGAUAAAGGUGUAUUGCGGAUGGGGAGCCAUUUUAACAUAAAUUAAUUACGGCAACAAUUUUUAAGAAAUCUUUUUAACCCCCCCACGUCAACAACUGUUUAACUUUUAAUGAAACCCCCCCCCCCACCCAACCAAUAUUUAUGUCAAUAUUUUUAUACCAACCCAAACAAAUUUUUUUCUACAUUGUGCUGAUCAAUUUUACUAACACAAAAUUGUAAGAAAAACAUUUUAUUGCAUCUUUAACUUGUUAAUCAAGUUAAAAAGUUUUUACUCUUAAAUUUUUUUAUGCAGAAUCAAUGAAAAGGUUGUUUAAAUAUCAUUGUUUGUGGAAGUAUAAAUAUGAUUAUUGUCAGUAUAGCUGUCAAUUGUAGCAUAGCUUCUAGCUGCUAUCAUCUUCCCAGGGAAUAGCUAGGUGUUGCUCUAUCAUAACAAUGGGCAUAGUAGCUGAUUUAUCAUUUUCAUCUUGCUGCACUGAUAUACCUGACAGGUCAACAUCAUCCUCAUCUAACCUUUCAGCACUUAAAAUAGAAGCAUUGUCAGUGUGAGCAAUAAUUGCCAUAAGCUCUCCCUCUGUCUCCUGGCAGCUACUUUCAUUAGUCAAAUCCUUUUUUUUUGUAGAGGAGCAGGUGGUAAUUACUUAUGCAUUAUUUGUGCUGUUGAACUUUCUUCUUCAACGUGACUUGUGAUGCAAAAUAGAUGUUACAUAUUUUGCAAAUUUUUUCAAGCAACAAUUUUAUUAUUGUUACUCACUUUACUUUCCCCUAAUUCUCAAAAUGUCGUAUUCCUACUCUACCAAUAUCAUUUAUCUUGACUGCACAUGAUACUUGAACCUCGUCCUUGUUCCAAAACAACAACACAAUCACAAAUAUACCCCCCUAGUGAUUUGUGACAAACAGAAUCUACAGGCGAACAGAGGCCAGCUUUUGAUUUGUCUUGCACUAACAAAAUGUGCUUACAUUCUGCAGUGCACAGACAGACACACAUUAAAUAAAUCUUAUAUUGUUAAAAGCCCUAAAAAUUAUAGAACUAUUUUAAUUCACACUCAUUAAAUUUGUUAAAAUAAUGUAAUAACCUGUCAAUUUCUAAGAGUAAAAUUUUAAUAGAGAAAACAUGAUUGUUGAUGUCAACUAUUCUAAAAACCUCACCCACUAACACCCCACCCCAACACCCCCACCCCCAUAAUGUGUUGACAUAAUUAAUGGACGACCCCUUAACACAAUACUAUUAUAAAUGCAAAUAUAAAAUGUAAAAAGAUGCCAGCUUGUCAAGAAAAUAAUUGAUAUAUUGGCGUUGUAUAGGUGAUGUAUAGGUGAUGUAUAGGUGAUGUAUAGGCGACAGAUGCCUAUUUAAAAUAUGGAUUACUAGCUACUUUAUUUUCUUAAUCUUGUAAUCAUUAGCAACCAUCUUGUGUAACUAGAUCCAUCCAAAUCGAAGGGCACUUUUGUGGCACAGUAUUACAGCACUUAAAAAAACAUGAAGGGAAGCAAGUGAAUUUUUGAAACUGAUAAACAUCUUGUGAUUCAUUUCAGAGGUGUAUGAACAAUGUAUUUAUGGAACAGUUUUUUUUGGUUAAAACUGUAGAUGAUUUGAUCUGGGUAUCAAGACCAAUAAAUUGAUGAAGCAGAAGUGAUGUGGGGAUGAAGAUGUUAAUAGAAAUGAGUGUGUCUCUGCUUGAUGAAAGCUUAUCCAAAUUUUAUUUGAUCAAUUAAUUUUUUUGGAUAAAACUUCUUGUAGAGCAGGGGUCUCAAACUCACAGCACAUGGGCCAUUUGCGGCCCACUACAUGACAGCAAAGUUUAGUGUUAAUGCGGCCCGCGAGUUUUCCCCAUUCUCAUAUCUAUAAUGUGACCCUCUGCGACUGUUUCAGUCAAAUCUCACAAACCAGUCUAAUUAUGAUUUUUAUUAUGUUUAACAUUUUGUUUGUAAAGAUUUGGCCGUUGAUUAUAAUGGUAAAAACUAUUUUAAAAUCAAACUAAAUGUUUUUAUUUUAUAGCAUUUUAUGAAACAAACAUGGCCAAAGUGCGGAUUUCAGAAAAGUUUUAAAAAGUCGGUGGGUAAUGCACAACCAUAAUUGUGUAAAUUUUAGCAAUCGGUAUCAAAGAAUUCCUAUUAAAAUUGCUGCUAGUGUUUACGAGUGAGGGAAAUAGGUCACUUUCAAAAUAGGGUUAGUCAAAAAGGCCUUUUCUACGAUAAAAAAAAUAAAAUUCAUUCUCCCUACAAUAGCUUCUUCACAACAAUAAUUCAUAAAUAUGGCCUGCUCCUGCCUACUGUUUAAAAACAUUUUAGCAUUUAAAGCCUUCAUGGAGAAGGAUGGGGUAGUUGUUCCUGUACUAAGUGAUCCCAAAAGGCUCAUGGACUUGGUUUUUCUUAUUGACAUUACACAGGAGCUGAAUGUACUCAACAAGAAGUUACAAGACAAGGGUUUGUUUUUAGUGUUCCCUAUGACAAUGUCAGGGCAUUCUGCACAAAACUUGUGGUUCUUAUAUAAACCUCUGCCAUUUCCCAAAGUGCAAAGUACUCUUGCAAUUUUGGGGACACCAUUCAGUAGUAAGUAUACUGAUGCCAUUGCAAAGCUACAGGAAGAAUUCAAUCACAUUUUUUAGACUUAAAAACACAUGCAGCCACUUUUCAGCUUUUUGCUGACCCUUUCUCUUUUAAUGAGGUAGAUGUCCCCACCCCUUUUUUAGCGCUUCAAAUGGAGCUGAUUGAUCUUCAGUGCAAUUCUAAGUUCAGGGAGGUGAAUGUAAAAAACAGACAAGCCUGGACAAUUUAUGAGAGCAUUGCCCUCCACCUUCACUGAGAUUUCCACGUUGAUGAAGCGCAUCAUGUGACUUUUUGAUAGUACCUAUACUAUCUGUGUGAAAAGCUUUUUUCCACUAUGAUCUUAACAAGUCAAAACUCAGGGCCAAACUUACCGUUGAGCUUCUUCAAGCUAUUCUGAGGGUCUCAGCUGCUUCUUCAUUCAAGCCAAAGGUCCUCAGCUGUGUAAGAAGAAGCGCUGCCAGGUCUCUGGCAACAAUGACUAGGAGGAAGAAAGUGAAGCCUAGUUCUUAAGAACCCUUAUUUUUUUUAUUUGUUAUUAAUAAAGGUUGAGCAGAUUGUAACAGUUAUACUUAAAUGAAUUUUUAAUCACUUUUUGUGGGGAAACUUGAUGCGGCCCAGUCUCAAUCAGACUGUACUUCCCGUGGCCCACGGAUAAUUAGAGUUUGAGAUCCCUGUUGUAGAGGCUGCAUUUUCUUAAAGUAAAAAAAAUAAUUUUUUUACAAAUAAUUUUUUUUUUUAAAUUAGCAAUUUUUUUUUAGUGAAUGCAUUAAAAUCUCCCACUGUAAUGCAAUUAAUAUUCUCUUUAUUAUAUAUAUAUUAAUCUCUAUAUUAAUCUUACUUUAUAUAAAUUAAUGACCUGAUUACAAUUCUUCACUCCUUACUUUGUGCUUGAGGGAGAGAAUUUAAUCACUUUGACUUGACUGUAAUGAGCUGUGUAGAUGGAUUGAUGGCACAGAUACUUUCAUUGCUUGCAUUAGUCCACUACAAAUUAAAAAUACUGUGAUAACGAAUGCCCCAUUUAACUGACAAAUCGUUUAACAAACAAAAUUUUAGUCUCAGUAAAUGAAAGAUAAUUUGGGUCGCAAACUUACGCCUUGCUGUGUUUGCAGUAAACAGCGUUUGUCCCAUUGCUGUGUUGAAAAAACUAUUUUUUGUUACUUGUACACCCUUUAUGUUAUUAUAUCUCCCAUUCUGGCUUCUUGUGCCCACCGUUUGUGUGACUUUCUUGUGGGCACUGUUAGUGUGAUUUUCUUGUGCUGACUUUUAGUAUGGCUUUCUUUUGUGGGCAUCGUUUGUUGUGUGGGUUUCUUGUGGGCACUUUUCAUGUGGCGUUUGUGUGACUUUCUUGUGUGCACUGUUAGUGUGGCUUUCUUGUGCCAACUUUUGUUUAGUAUGACUUUCUUGUGGGCACUUUUCUUGUGACUUUAUUGUGGGCACUGUUAGUGUGACUUUCUUUUAAAGAGAUGGUAAAAAAGCUUGAAUCAAAGUUACCCAAUUUUUUUUUAAAUUAUGGAAGGGGAUUCCCCUUUAUAGCAGUUAGCUUUCUCCUCAUCUUCCCCAUCCACAUGUGUCAACAACUAUCAACGAACAAUGUCAAGUACAGCACUGUAUUAUUUAUUUUAGUCUUAUAUGUCUGAGGAUAUUUUAAUUUCAUUCAAUAAAAAAAAAAUUAUUACAGAACAACACUUAAAAAUGUAAAAAUCCUUAUGUCUGAGGCUGGAACAGAUUCAUUGAAUUUAUAAUGAUUGAUUUCAGUGGGGGAAACUUAUUUCGGUCAGCUAACGUUUCAGCUGAAAAAUGGAGUCACGGAACGGAUUAAGUUUGUUAUCGCAGGUUCCACUGAUGAUUUGUGUGACACUUAAACAAUACAAUGGAUAUUAUUUAAUUUGCACAUAUUACACCAAUGAUUCUUACCGCCUUAGGUUCCUACUGCCUGCUGUUCUGUCCUGGCAUUGGAAACAACAGUGAGUCACCUUACGUGAGGACCCUUGUCGACUAUGCACAGAAGAAUGGCUACAUCGCCGUUGUGCUUAACCACAUCGGCUCUCUAAAGACCAUUCAGUUGACAGCCCCUCGGAUAUAUUCAUAUGGUGAGUGCGGAGGGCACACUUUUUAAUUUUGAAACUUCAGCUAUGGUACUUGAGCCUUCUGUGCAUUCUUAUGGUCGUUAUUAUUGAUCCUACACCUUUAUUAAUUUGGGUCACAGCUUUCACUUUACUGUGGGUGACUAAGUGUCCCCAGAGGUCCGAUCUUGAAAGAACAUUGGACUUCAUUAUGGUUAGGGUGGUAUAGACAGCUUAAUAAAAUUACAUGUGAGCAAAGGUUAUCCUUACUGUUCAUUAUAUGAUAUGCACUGGCUUGAGAGUCCACUUUCUUCAGCCACAUUAUUUACCACCAUGAUUUAUGUAUAUAAUAUAAUAAUUAUAUAUAUAUAUUAUGAAUAUAUAUGUAAUGUAUGUAUAUAUAUUAAGGCUUGCUAUAUUCUAUACUCCAUGAUGAUGACACUUAUUCCUCCAAUACAAUCAGGACUCAUUCAAAUAAAACUCAUUACAAAAAGCAUCCAAGAUGAUGAUUAGUCCUAUUCAUCUAAUACACUCAGAAUUCAAUUCAAAUAAAACUCAUCAUGGCAGCAGCUUGUAUGUGGUCAAACUGCAUGGAUGGAUCAAUAAUUUUUUAAAGGGUUGUCUCUUGUCAGCUCCAUAAAUAAAUCUUUCAGUUUUAAGUGUCUGUAUAUUUCAACUGUAGAUUAAUAUCUUUCGAAACUUGAAUGGGUUGCGGUACAAUUCUAUCAUGCUGUUAUUCCAACAGGUGGAACAGAGGAACUGCAUAUUGUGAGGAAGGAAGUGCAACAACUCCACCCCAAGUGUGGCAUCAUUCUUGUGGGCUGCAGCAUGGGGGCGAACAUUGUGAUCAAGUACCUGGGAGAGAACCAGGCUCAUCAGACUGGGAUACUUGCCGCCGUGUCCAUCAACCAAGGUUAUGAUGUCAUGAGGUAAGCAUCCAUUCACUUCUCCCUGUUUUUAGUGCUGCUCCUCCAAAUUUUUCUGCAGCUCUUUAGGAACUGGAUAUAGAAACUAUACUGACUUUUCAGCAGAUGAUUACUCUACACUAAAGAAUUUGUUGCGAUUUCUGAUCAUGCAAGUCAUGCGAUAGUCAUGUUUAUCAAUUUAAAAGACACAUAUUUUUUGUAUUAAAAAUAAUUCAAAAAGAAUAAUGUCUGUGGUGUGCGCUGAAGCUGUCAUGGCUCUCCAGGGGUUCCUUAUUUACGGGCCUUCCUCCGCCCCAACCGAGAUGUUUCUUCCUAGUGGCCAAUCAUCUGGCUACCCUAAGAGGCCAAAGGGGUGGCUUCCUUUACUUUAGACCUUGCAUAAUAAGGGGUCUGUUUCCUAAUUCAGAUCACUAUGACCCCUUUCCCCCUCCCCCCACCCCGGGGAAAUCAUGACCCUAUGAUUAUGGCAGAUGCAAAUAGGGAAUCUUCUCUGGCACAUUCUUUCAAAGGUUUCCUCCGAGCUGUAGACCACAAAGAUCCUUAUAGUGUUUAUUUUUACAGCAGCACUGGGAACUCCUCGCCCCCAUGUUAAACACCACGUCACAAGAACUGGCAAGUGGCUGGGACUAAACGGCUGCCUAGGAGACUCGCCUUCAGGGGUUGCAUUUUUCAAAAUCGACUUUUGCAAUAAUUUAUGCAAUAUUUAGAGAGUCUUAAUUCUUUAAGGGAGAAGGUACACUAUCACAAAUGUGUUGCAAAAAAAAAAAAAAAAAAAAAAAAAAAAAAAAAUUUUAUUUUAAAAAAACAAAAAAAAAGAAAAAAAAAAAAAGUAUAAAAAAAAAAAAAAAAAAAAAAAAAAAAAAAAAAAAUAUUGCUAUUUCAAAGACCUGAAAUAGUGGAGAAUUUAUAACAACUAGAAGUAAAAUCUCUUCUUUCUAUUCCAUUAUUUCACUAACGUAUGCAUGAAAUAAUUGAUGUGAAAUAAUUGAGAUUCAUUAGGUUAUAAUGCAUUGAGUGUGUUGCUACAAAUAGCUAUUCAUUUCUUUUGAAAAUUAGUGUUCAAAACAUGAACUGGAUAGAGCUAUUUAUAAAAAUUGACAAACUAAUUAAUUUUUGACAAAUUUCGACCCAUGUAAGUACACAAUAAUUAAUUUUUGACAAAUUUUGACGCAUGUAAGUACACAAUAAUUAAUUUUUGUAAAGAGCUGACUAAAAAUUAAAAUGAAAUAAUGAAUGUAUAAUUCAUAUUCACAAGAAUUCUAGAAAGGCCACUAAAUUUUUUCCCUGUUACAGUUCGUCCCCUAAUUAUUUCUUCUUGCAUAUAUACAUACUUCACACCACUGUAAUAUUUAAAAAGGGUGUAUUUUGCUUCUUCAUUCGUUGUGAGAAGAUCGGAAGGAUCACUUUCUAUGCAACUGUGAAAUAUAUUUUUUUUUUAUAUGAAUGUACUUUUCUUCUCAGAGCCAAACCUCUUCUACUGUCGUGGCGCAAUCUCCGUCGGGCCUACAUAUACGUGAUGACCCGAAACCAAAAGAACAUCAUCAAGUGUCACAAAGAUGUACUACUCUGUGACAAAGUCAGGUGCGACUAUGACAUCGAUGUCGACAAGAUAUUUGCCUCCCGCACUAUGGAACAGCUAGAUGAGGCCUACACCAGGUGGGUGGACAACCCUGUAUUGGGUGUAGGGACAGCCCUAUGAACCCAUUUCUCACCCACCUUGUAGCUGGCUCUCCUUAGGCUGGCCAUGGGGCUUUCCCAGUAUCUGCCUGCCAUCACAAGAACAGUGAUACACAACCACACUCCACCUUUUUCCUCUUGUUAUCUAUUUAAAUGCUUCUAGAUGAAAUGUCUUACCUCUGACUGAUAUUUUUAGGCACUGGUAACCAAAUGAUAAUUUUAUUCAUCAACCUCUAUGGGGACUGACCAACACUGUUUGCAUAAAACUAUCUCUAGGAUAGGUCCAGCAGUCGUAAGCUGAACAAAUAUGAAGUUAGAUUAAGUUGUAGAGUUUGAUUCUGCUCUCGCUGAUUGUGUUUUAUAUUUAUUUGGAUGUUCCAGAAGACUUCAUGGGUUUGAAACCCUAGAUGAUUACUACCAUCAUAACAGCAGUGGUCACUACCUCCAGAAUGUAAGUUUAGCUUUUUUAGGCUGGUCACUACCUCCAGAAUGUAAGUUUAGCUUUUUUAGGCUGGUCACUACCUCCAGAAUGUAAGUUUAGCUUUUUUAGGCAGGUCACGACCUCCAGAAUGUAAGUAUAGCUUUUUUUUUUUGACUGGUCACGACCUCCAGAAUGUAAGUUUAGCUUUUCUUUUGACUGGUCACUAUCUCCAGAAUGUAAGUUUAGCUGUUUUGGCUGGUCACUACCCCGAAUUGUAAUUUUAGCUGUUUUGGCAGAUGCUGUAUAACUCUAUAUUUAAUGUCCCAAUAAAAUCUGUCACUACUUUUGAAAUGCAAUAUGAUCUCUAUAAUGUAUGCCAUUGGUCAAUAGUGAUAUCCUUAACUACUAGGAAUUGAUGCCGCUGAUUUUGCCCAUUAAGUGGAUUGGAGAUUUGAUCUUGACAAAACUCUGAUUGGAUUACAGUCACAAUGUAUUUUAUUUAUAAUACGUGAUCUAUAAUUUACAGCUUCUUUUGAGAUCUCAACCCUUUAGUACCUUCUUGUGUGUAGUUGUGUGCAUAUAUUUCCAUUAAACUUUGCAAUGGUAAAAAAAAAUGAUGCGAUUGUUCUAAUUUCCAGCUAAGUUUUAGGAACGGUUAAUGUCUGUCUGUUUGAUUAGGCCUUCAUUACAGCUUACUGAGGUUGGCACAUUUUUAAAAAAAAUGUGUGCAGACUAAUCCAGCUUGUAUCAUCCAUUGUGUACACUCCAGAUCAAAACACCCUUGCUGGUGGUCAAUGCAGAAGAUGACCCGAUUGUCCCGCCUCAGUUGCUUGAUUGUCCCAAGACGGCAGCUGGUAAGUUGAUUUAAACUGUUCAAACAGCCAGUUUAAGAAAAAAAAAUACUGCCGGCACUUGAUCUGAAGUGGGAAUCUGGAUUACAGGUCAGGAUGUGGUUUUUUUGGGAUGCACAUCAUGAAAGAGGCUUAGAAUAAUGUCGUAAUUAUUUUCUAGAAAUUUCAAACAACGUUCAGCCAGAAAGAAACACAUGAACAAAAGCGAAGUUACUAUGAAGGAUUUAAAAAAAGAAAAGAAUAAAUCCAGUUUUACUCUAGGAUUUUAUCAACAGUACAACGAGAAACUUUUAGCAAAAUAAAUGUUAUAGAGAUUCUGAAGUCUAGCCUAAAAACUUGAAGAGGGGGAUUUAUUCUUUUUUUAAAAAAAGGGCGUGGUAUUUGUCAUGUGUCAUCGAAAGAGCAAGGCGUAUGUCAUGUGUCACUGACGGGGAGGAUGAUGUUUGUCGUGUGUGACUGAAAGAGAGAAUGGUUUAAGUCAUGUGUCACUGACUUAAGAACAACAUUUUCAGCCUUCUCUUGUCUUGGUCUGUCACAGAAAAACUCCCCUACAUGAUUUUUGCCCUAACCAAGCAUGGUGGACACUUGGGCUUCUUUGAGAAAGGGAUCCUGCGCCCCCACAGUUUGACAUGGAUGGACAGGUUAGUGGGCCGUCACCGGCACUGCUUGUGUUUCCUGAACUGUGUUGAUUAUAGUCAAGUCUUCAACACUAAACAUUUAAAAUUUUGAUCACCACUAGGGCUUUAUGUGGACAUUUGAGGAAAUGUGAAACAUUUAGGUUCACUUAGUUAAUGAUUAAUUUUUUUUUAAUGUGAGGGUUCACUUAUAUAUGAUUAUUUUUUUUAAAGAUGUAGGACCACAUCAUUAAUGAUUAUUUUUUUUAAAAUAUGUAUGUUCACGUUGUUAAUGAUUCAUUUUUUAAAAAAUAUUUAAGUUCACAUAGUUAAUUCUUUUCAAUAUGUAGGUUCACGUAAUUAAAAAUAUGUAGGUUAAUGAUUAAUUUUUUUAAAAUAUGUAGGUUAAAUUUUCAAGAAAAGGAUGUGGUCAUUUAUUUUGAUCUUGUCGCCAUAGUUUCUAUAUAAAAAUUUGUCUGGACACGAGUCGUACAUUAUUGAUAGACACAUUUGUUUUGGCUCACAGUCUGGGAACCACCACUCUAAGGUGUCGCUCAUUAUGUGUGUAACAUGAUCAAGGACACAAACAUUAAUACAGCUAAUAUGUGCCACUUUUCCUCUUCCAGACUUAUCAUAGAGUAUGCUGAUGCCAUCACAAAGAUCCACCAAGAGGGCAAUCUCCCAGUGAUAACAUCAGAAACUAGUUCAUCGGAAGAACUGGAUGAUUUUCUCAUGGUUGGUGAUUUCAAGGUCAGUGACAAACGCUCCAAUGACCUGAUAAAGAACUCUGAUGGCAACAGCUUGAACCCGAAUAAAGCGACAGGAAGUGAUGACUCUGAUGAUGUUGGCGACAGGGACGGAACUUCUCAUCAGUGUAACGACAAAACCAAUGGUUUUAUAUCAACCUCAAAAUAAGUUGGAAUUAAUUUAACAUUUCAAACAGAGUAGGUGCCUGAGAGGUAGGAGUUUAAUGCGCGUGUGAUUUUAAUGUUUGGCCAGCCACCCGCCCACUUGUUUAAGUUCUUUCUGAAUGAAGGAAUGGUUGAAAAAUAUAUUGGGUUGUUUUAAUAUUUUUUUUUAAAGUUUAAUUUUUAACAAGCCUUGGCCUCUGAAGUGCUCUCUCUUCAGUCUCUUGGAGGAUGAGUGAAUUAAAAGACCAAACGAAACUUACCCUUUUCAAAGAACAAUGAGGCAAUUUAAAAGUAAAUGUUUGAUAUCAAAUGAUUUUAAAAAAAAAAACAAAGAAAGAUACCAUUUUCAAAGAAAAAUGUGGUUCCAGGGAGUUAAAAAACAACUGUUUUGACAUCACAAUCCUUCUUUUCUUAUUAAGAUGGGAGGAUUAAGCUAUACAAUUUUUCUAACAAUCUUAUAGACUGGGUCCAAUUUUUUUUUUUUUGUUUGUCUUUUUUUUUUUUUUUUAAAACAAGCAUAACUGUUUUCUAGCACCACUUACAAACUGGAACAUUGAAUUGUCAUGCCAUUAAUAUUUCCUCACAUAAAAUGUCACAAUUUUUUUAAAUUUAAUUUUUCAAAAUUUAUCUAUGUUUAUUUAAACCUGAUUUUGAAAUGUAACCCAGAAAAAAAUAUUUUUUGAGAUGAUUUUGCUCUCUGGUGUUCAAAAAAAUAUUCCCUUCAUUUUGGUCAGUUUUUUUUUUUUUUUUAGUUUAUAUUAAUAUGAUGUCAUUUUAAAUAGGAAUGGAAACCAUGCUGAAAAUACAACUGUUCACAUGAUGCUGUCAAUAGUAUCAAGAAAAUGCAAAUGGCAAGCCUGUUGAGGGAUUUGAAGUAACUAUGAACUUAAUAUUUUAUUGUGUCCAAGUAAAAAGAGACAAACAGAAUUAAAAAGAGAGAAAAAGAAAUGGGAGAGAUUCUUAAGCGGGACUAUAAACUAUGAAAUGAUUUGGUCUUUUAUUGAUGUUUCUUCCUAUGGUGACUGCAUCCAUGUGAAGGAGGGUGAAAACAAAAAUUGUCAUCAAUUAUUUAUGUAAUAUGUGGCUACUACUCAGGUCAUCCUCUGAUUUAUUGCACUCUUGCCAAGGUCAUUCAUGGGCUAAAAGUAUCCACAUGUCACUGCCUUUGCAACUUUCUCAGCAUGAGUUGCCCCCUUUUUUUAAUCUAUUUUUAAUGUUUACUUUAGUAGACCA